AUGGCGCCUCCUCGAUAUGGAGGGAUCAGCGCGGACGUACGAACCGGACCUGGACAUUCUCUUGCUUCUCGCAGUUCUGUUUGCAAUCAAGGGAAUGUUGUAGUAAGGGAGUUCAAGCCCGGUAGCAUCGAUUUCGGUAUUGUCAAGACAUGGAUAUCUCAACCUAUAAGUCAACCCUCAUCUCGUAUCCACAGACAAUCAGACCUACCCGAGAGACUGAUCGAUUGGUAUUCGAAAAGGAUUGUGCCUGCUGGUGCUAAGAAAUAUGUCACUCUGAGCUAUGCAUGGGGCAAUGCCAUGGUCGAAUACGAUAACGUAGAUUCGGAAGGUAUGCUCCCAGAGCCCACGCCUGGCACGGUUACUGAUGCCAUUCGCGCGACGAAACGGCUUGGUUUUCGAUAUCUCUGGGUCGACAAGUAUUGCAUUGACCAGAAGGACGGACCGGGAAGGUUGCGUCAAAUCAAUCACAUGGACAUCAUUUUCAAGAACUCCGAGGUGACGAUUGCUGCCGCUGCCGGCCUUGAUGUAGAAUUCGGCCUGCCUGGCGUCGGGGCUAGGCCUAGGAAGCCGCAAAGAAGCAUUCAUCUUCAUGGCGCAAGCAUGAUGAUUGUAUCCACGACAAAGGUUCUCCUGGAUUCGAUCUGCGAAUCCAAUUGGAACAGCAGGGCUUGGACAUUUCAGGAAGCUCAUCUAUCCUCAAAGCUCUUGAUCUUCACGGAGCGCGAACUUUAA